AUGAAACUUACUGUUCAUCAGAGAAUUCAUACUGGAGAGAUUAUGUAUGAAUGUAAGGAAUUUGGGAAUGCCUUCCAUUGCAACUCAGAUCUUAUUCAGCCUCAGAAAAUUCAUACUGGAGAGAAACCUUAUGAAUGUAGUGAGUGUGGGAAGGAAUGUGGGAAGGCUUUCCUCUACAACUCCACACUUACUGUGCAUCAAAGAAUUCAUACUGGAGAAAAAGCUUAUGCAUGUAGUAUAUGUGCAGCAGUGUUCAAGAGUAAGAUACUACUUGCUGUGCAUCAGAGAAUUCAUACUGGGAAGAUUCUUUAUGAAUGUAAGGAGUGUGGGAAGGCUUUCCCCUAUAACUCAGAACUUGUUCGACAUCAAAGAACCCAUACUGGAGAAAAACCUUAUAAAUGUAGUUUAUGUGGAAAGGCUUUCAAGAGGAAGACACUACUUACUGUACAUGAGAAAAUUCAUACUGGAGAGAUUAUUUAUGAAUGUAAAGAGUGUGAAAAGGUUUUCCCCUACAACUCAGAACUUGUUCGACAUCAAAGAAUUCAUACUGGAGAGAAACCUUAUGAAUGUAGUAUAUGUGGGAAGACCUUCUGCCGGACUCCUAUGGGAUCCCUCCUGGGGCUGGUACACUCCUUGGCAAUAGAAUGGAGUUCUCCUUGCUGCCUUGAAACCAUAGGGCCUGAUCAAGCCACUCUCCUCAGGGGGUUUUCUUGGGCUAAUUUCGGCUUGCACCUUGAAAGGGAACAUAGAAACUGGGGAGCUGGUGGAGUCUUUCGGCAAAGGAAAAGGGAUCGGAGGGGCGGGGCAGGCAGGGAGGAGUGGGGCGGGGUAGGCUGCGAGGCUGACUCCAUUUCAGGACGUGGGCGGGGCCGAGUCCCAGGCAUGCGCAGAAGGCGCCUCAGCCUCCAGACUUCGAGUCCCAGAAGGCUGUGCAUGCCUCAGGGGUAUUUUCCCAGCCCAAGGGCGAGAGCAUGGGACUUCCGUGUUUGCGUAACUUCCGCCUCGCUUCCGCUUCGCCUCUUUUGUGCUGGUUGUGGCUUCCCCUGCUCAUUUCUGACAAGGAGAGGAGGAGAGCUUGGCCCGGCCCAGGGGGAGACCGGCUGCGUGGGUGCGGGGCCCGGGGGCUGUUUGGGUGUGAAGGCCGGUACUCCCCGUGUGUAUCCGGCUACUCUUCUGUCCGGUCUUCCCUGUGAUCUCAUCUCCUCUUCCCGGCAUCUUCCGGGGCAACCCCUCCUCCGGGAAGCCUUCCCUGAUGCUGCCGGUGGAUUUACAGUUUCCAAACCAGAUGUGAUCUACCAGUUGGAAAGAAAGGAAGCAUCUUGGAUGCAAGAGGCAAAUAUUCCAAGAAGUAGCUGUCCAGAGAGCAGAGAAUUUACUGGAGAUAAACCUCUUCAAUGUAGUGAAUGUGGGAAGGACUUCAGGAGCAAGGAGCUUCUUGCCAUGCAUCAGAGAGUUCAUACUGGAGAGUUUGUUUAUGAAUGUAAGGAAUGUGGGAAGGCUUUUCUCUACAAUUCAGAACUUCUUCAACAUAAAAAAAUUCAUACUGGAGAGAAACCUUAUGAAUGUAGUGAAUGUGGGAAGGCCUUCAGGAGUAACUCACAACUUGCAGUGCAUCAGAGAAUUCAUACUGGAGAUAUUUUUUAUGAAUGUAAAGAAUGUGGGAAGGCUUUUCUCUACAACUCAGAAUUUGUUCAGCAUCAAAGAAUUCAUACAGGAGAGAAACCUUAUGAAUGUAGUGAAUGUGGAAAGGCCUUCAGGAGGAAGGAACAUCACACUGUACAUCAGAGAAUUCAUACUGGAGAGAAACCUUACGAAUGUAGUGAAUGUGGAAAGGCCUUCAGAAGUAAGGGACAUCAGACUGAGCAUCAGAAAAUUCAUACUAGAGACAUUCUUUAUGAAUGUAAGGAGUGCGGGAAGGGUUUCCUUUACAACUCAGGUCUUAUUCAACAUCAAAAAAUUCAUACUGGAGAGAAACCUUAUGAAUGUAAUGAAUGUAUGGAGGUCUUCAGGAGUAAGACCCUACUUUCUGUGCACCAGAGAAUUCAUACUGGAGAGAUGCUUUAUAAAUGUAAGGAGUGUGGGAAAGCUUUUCUCUACAACUCAGAACUUCUUCAACAUCAAAGAAUUCAUACUGGAGAGAAACCCUAUGAAUGUAGUGAAUGUGUGAAGGCCUUCAGGAGUAAGUCCCAACUUAAAUUGCAUCAGAGAAUUCAUACUGGAGAGAAACCUUAUGAAUGUAGUGAGUGUGGAAGGGCCUUCAGGAGUAAAGGACAUCAUACUGUGCAUCAGAGAAUUCAUACUGGAGAGAAACCUUACAAAUGUAGUGAAUGUGGGAAGGCCUUCAGGAGUAACUCACAACUUACAGUGCAUCAGAGAAUUCAUACUGGAGACAUUUUUUAUGAAUGUAAGGAGUGUGGGAAGGCCUUCAGGAGUAAGGGACAUCAUACUGUGCAUCAGAGAAUUCAUACUGGAGAAAAACCUUAUGAAUGUAGUGAAUGUGGAAAGGCCUUCAGGAGUAAGGGACAUCAUACUGAGCAUCAGAGAAUUCAUACUGGAGAGAUGCUUUAUGAAUGUAAGGAGUGUGGGAAGGGUUUUCUCUACAACUCAGGUCUUACUCAACAUCAAAAAAUUCAUACUGAAGAGAAACCUUAUGAAUGUAGUGAAUGUAUGGAGGCCUUCAGGAGUAAGACCCUACUUUCUGUGCACCAGAGAAUUCAUACUGGAGAGAUGCUUUAUAAAUGUAAGGAGUGUGGGAAAGCUUUUCUCUACAACUCAGAACUUAUUCGACAUCAAAGAGUUCAUACUGGAGAGAAACCUUAUGAAUGUAGUGAAUGUGGUAAAGCCUUCAGGAUUAAGACACAACUUACUGUGCAUCAGAAAAUUCAUUUUGGAGACAUGCUUUUUGAAUGUAAGGAGUGUGGGAAGGCUUUCCCAUAUAACUCAGGACUUACUCGACAUCAAAGAAUUCAUACAGGUGAGAAACCUUAUCAAUGUACUGUAUGUGGGAAGAACUUUAUGACUAAGUCACAGCUUACUGUGCAUCAGAGAGUUCAUAGCGGAGAGAAACCUUAGGAAUGUAGCGAAUUUCAGAAAGCCUUCAAAAGAAAGGAACAUCUUACUGUAUGUCAGAAAAUUCAUAUUGGAGACAUUCUUGAUAUAUGUAAGGAGUGCGGGAAGGCUGUCCUGUACAACUCAGAUCUUACUCGACAUCGAAGACUUCAUACUGGAGAGAAAGCUAAUGAAUGUAAUGAAUAUGGGAAGACCUUUAGAGUGAAGCUACAACUUACCACCAAAGAAUUCAUUCAGGAAAGAAACUUCUUAAGAGUGUAGUGCUUGUAGGAAAGCUUUUAGCUGAAUAGCAUUACUUUAUGCCCAUCAGAGAAUUCAUCUUGGUGAGAUUCCUCAUGAAUAUGAGGAGUGUGGGAAGGCCUUCCAUUGCACUUAGAUCUUAUUAAAUACCAAAAUUCAUGCUGGAAAAAAAAUUUAUGUGCAAUAAAUGUUGGAAGGACUUCAGGAAGAAGCCACAUCUUACUGUGCAUGAGAGGAUUCUUACUGGGGAAAUUCUUUAUGAAUGUGAGUAGUAUGGGAAGUUAUUCCAUCACACGUCAUAUUUUUCUCAACUUCAAAUAAUUCAUACCUUAUCAAUGUAAUGUAAGAAGGAAGGCCUUCUAUCUGGAUGUAGAUUUUAUUCAACAUCAGAGCAUCCAUAUUGGAGAUAGACCUUAUGAGUGCAAUGAAUGUGGGAAAACUUUCAGCCCGAAGACACAACUUGCUCAACAACAAAGAAUUAAUUCUCUAGAGAAACCUUUUGAAUUUGAGAAGCCUUUAGAGUAAGGACACUACUUUAUGUCUAUCAGAGAAUUCAUACUAAAGUGAUUCUUCACAAACGUAAGAAGUGUAGGAAGAUCCCUCAGAUGACUGGACUGUGAUUCUGAGUCCCUAGGUGCAAUUCAGAGAGUCCUUAUUUAGGCUUCUUGGAGGAGAUAUCCCUUCCCUCUGCCGAGGCUUCUUAAUGGGCAAAGAUUUAGUGUUAUCCUCUCAUGGACUUUCAGGGAGGCAGAAAUUAUGCUCCCUGAGCCAGAAGUUUCUGAGGGGAUGGUGGUAUUGGGAGAGCCUUUGUAUUAACUUUUAUCCCUGGGCUUAUGGCAUACAAGAUACUUGGGGAUGACCUCUUGGCCAUGAGAUGAGCCUGAGCCUGAUGAGUGAUAAAUAAUUGUUGAUAGUACUUGAGGACUAUAUCAAUCUGAGCUGUGUCCGUGAUGUUGUUGGUGCUGCUUCUGCUCAUAUUCAUUUGUGUAGCUGCUGUGGGCUAUAAAGAUUUGGAAUCACCUUAAAGCAUCACAAGGGCAUGUGGCAGAUGUUGGUGCAAUGUGAUUUCUGCCCAGUGCUCUGAAAUGCCAAAGGGAAAUUCAAUGAAAUGCAGGUAAAUAGGAGGAUUAACUUUGACCUUCUUAUAGUAGCCACAUGCCUUGUCAUGUAGUGACAAACAUGAAAAGAUAAAUCAAGAUUCCCAUUAUAGUUAAGGAAUAUAAACAGAGAGUUUUCAAUGAAGAAUUCGAGGCUUAUUAAUAAUAAUGAAAAAGUGCUCUAAAUCACUAUUGAUGAGAAAUGCAAAUAAAAACAACUUUGAGGUAACACCUCACAGUACUUCAAAUUGGCCAACAUGACAAAGGAGGAAAAUGAGAAAUUCUGGAGAUGUGGAAAAAUAGGUACACUAUGCAGAAUUCAGAACUGGUCCAACCAUUCUGGUGAACAAUUUGGAACUGUGCCCAAGGGUUAUAAAACUGUUCCUCCCCUUUGACCCAGGAACAUCACCACUUAUGUCUGUAUUUCGAACAGAUGGAAGAAAAAGGAAAAGAAUCUGUGUGAGCAAACAUUUAUAGCAGGUUUUUUUUGUGGUUGCAAAGAAUUGGAAAUUGGGAUGACCAUCAAUAACUGAAUGGCCGAAGAAGUAGUUUUCUAUGAUUGUGAUGGAAUAUUAUUGUGCUCUCAGAAAUGACGGGGUUGGUUUUGGCAAAACCUGGAAAGACCUAUAUGAAUAGAUGCAAAGUUAAGUAAGCAGAAUUAGGUGGUCCUUGUACACAGUAACAGCAGUAUGUU